AUGGCAUGUAACAUAUCUAAACAUUCAUACGGCUCUGCAAAUUUUUCUGGAUCCUUGGCUAAAUCGGUUUUACUUUCUGGUCUCUCGGCAAUUGAAUUCACUGGCUCUGGUUUACUUGUAAAUACAAAUAUGAUUCAAAAUGGUAAUGCUGCUUCUGAAAAUUCACCGAUACUGAAGUCAGAUACGAGUGAACAAUUCUAA